GCCAACCAGAGGGAGGACUGUCACUUCCAAGUCAGGAGGACUCCUCUCUCUUCACUUUCCCUCCUCGCAGAGUGGCACUCGUCACUGGCAUCUUGCAGCCGAGGGAGAAAGCUCUGAUUCAGCCAGGUCAGACUGGACAGAGGAGGACCGCUCUCCUGCAGAGCCAUGUUGCUUUGGUGGUUAUGGAGUGCGAUGUUACUACUGACCCCGCUGGAGGCUGCAGAGGAGGACGACGAUGUCCGAGCAGGCUGCAGCACAGCUGUGAAUGACCUGGUGUAUAUUGUUGAUGGCUCAUGGAGUGUGGGGUUCCCUGACUUUGAGACGGCCAAGCAGUGGCUCAUCAACAUCACCAGCCUGUUUGACAUCAGUUCCCACUACACACAGGUGGCUGUGAUCCAGUACAGUGACACGCCUCGUCUUGAGAUUCCUCUGGGGGGGCACCAGGGCGGGGCAGAGCUCAUCCAGGCCAUACAGAGCAUCGCCUACCUGGGAGGAAACACGCAGACCGGAAGGGCCAUCAAGUUUGCCGUGGACCACGUCUUCUCCUCAUCCCAGCGAGCCAACCAAGUCAAGAACCGCAUUGCCGUGGUGGUCACCGAUGGCAAAUCUCAGGAUGAUGUGGUGGAUGCCAGUGUGGAGGCACGAGCACAGGGCAUCACAUUAUUUGCGGUUGGGGUUGGCAGUGAGAUCACCACCUCAGAGCUGGUAUCCAUCGCCAACAAACCAUCAUCCACCUACGUCCUGUAUGCUGAAGAUUACACCACCAUCGACCGUAUCCGAGACUCCAUGGAGCAGAAACUAUGCGAAGAGUCUGUGUGUCCGACACGAAUCCCGGUGGCGUCUCGUGACGAGAAGGGCUUUGAGCUGAUGGUGGGCAUGAACAUUGAGAUGAAGGCCAAGAAGAUCCCUGGCUCUCUGGUUACUGAGACGGCGUUCGCUCUCUCUGCCUCCACAGACAUCACUGAGAAUACCAGGGCGAUUUUCCCAGAAGGCCUCCCUCCAUCCUACGUGUUCGUAGCCACCCUGCGUCUGCAGGGGCCUUCUGCCAAGCUGACAUUUGACCUUUGGCGGGUUCUGUCAAAGGAUAAGGUGAUCCAGGCCGCAGUGACGCUAAGCGGGAAGGACAAAACGGUCACCUUCACCACCACUAGUGUAGAAGAGGAGGAACAAAGGGUCGUCUUCAAAGCUGGAUUUCAGGAUCUGUACGAUGGAAAAUGGCAUCAGCUCAAACUUCUAGUGAGGCCGCGCCAGGUCGCCAGUUUCCUUGACGAUCUGCUGAUCCAGGAAGUCCUGUUGGAACCGGCGGAGCCCGUUUACAUCAAUGGGGAGACACAGGUGGCUAAGAGGAGAGGAACAGACAGCACAGUGCCUGUGGAGAUUCAGAAGCUGCGCCUGUACUGUGAUCCUCAUCAGAGUGACAGAGAGACGGCUUGUGAGAUCUACUCUGUGGAUGAUGAAAGGUGUACUCUGAACCGGACGGCCACAGUGGAGGAGGACGACUGCAGUCACUGUGCACUUGGACCCCCAGGGCAGCGUGGCCCGCCAGGGCGCAUGGGUUUCCGUGGGGAGAAAGGGAGGGAGGGACCACCGGGGCCUGAUGGUAAGCCUGGUAAGGAGGGGAAUCCUGGGAAACCUGGUCCUCUUGGAUUACCAGGGAUGAAGGGUGAAGAUGGCCCUGCAGGACUAAAAGGCGAGCCUGGUCUUCAAGGUAGCAAGGGAGACAGAGGGGAGCCAGGCUCACGGGGAGAAUCAGGAGCCCCGGGACCCAAGGGUCUUCCUGGAGAUAGGGGUGAGGCAGGACCACCGGGAGAGGCUGGAUCUCUGGGGGAGCCAGGGCUGCCAGGCACCGGUGGAUUGGUCGGGCCACCUGGAACAAAGGGCCAGAUGGGAGCUCCUGGCUUGGCCGGUGCCGCUGGAGCUCAAGGUGCCCCGGGUGUCCAGGGACCUCCUGGCGAAGUGGGCCUACAGGGACCUCUGGGAGAGACAGGGUUGCCUGGGCCACAGGGACUACCUGGAAUAACGGGAAUCCAGGGGCCCCGGGGGCCGCCCGGACAGAUCGGCCAAGAUGGUCCCAAGGGAACGUGUGGCGAUCCAGGGGUUGCUGGCUCUUUUGGUCCACCAGGCCUGAAGGGCUCGACGGGGGAGCCAGGUGUUCCAGGGCUGCCGGGGGGCAUGGGGAUGCCGGGGUUCAAAGGUCACAAGGGGGAGGGAGGAGAGACCGGCUCCAAAGGACAACAGGGGGAGAGAGGCAGAGAUGGAGAUCCGGGGAAUCCUGGCGUGUCGGGCGAAGUGGGACCCAGGGGAGGGAAAGGAGAGAAAGGUGUGACAGGUGACAUGGGCCCCAGGGGGCAUGAAGGGAAGAAAGGUGACAUGGGCCACACGGGCCACAUGGGUACUGUGGGUCCCAGGGGCUUCCCUGGCCAGGAUGGGUUGCCGGGCCAACCAGGCCAGCCAGGAUACCCAGGGAAACCGGGCAAACCUCCCUCAGAUGAACAUCUGCUAAAGCUCUGCACUGAUGUCCUGCGUAACCAACUCCCAGCACUGCUCCGGACCUUGGCCCCCCCAGCUCGGUGUGAACCCUGCGAGAGCGAAAAGGGACCCCGGGGCGAGCCAGGAGCACCAGGACCCAAAGGCUCCAUGGGAACUCCAGGCUACCCAGGCAGGAGUGGCUCUCCCGGUUACCCAGGACCUCCUGGACUUCAUGGUCCUGGAGGCCUCAAAGGUGACAUGGGACCAAAAGGACUCAAAGGCAGCAAAGGUGAAGGUUACCGUGGACCUCCUGGAUCACCUGGACAGCCAGGAAUUCAGGGUCCUCGUGGUUUCGAUGGAAUCGGCCAUCCGGGCAACCAGGGAAUUCCUGGAAAACCAGGAUCGCCAGGAGACUCCGGUAAACGGGGCAGCCCAGGGCUUCCAGGGGUGUGUGAUGUUUCCAUGUGUUAUCAGACCUACAACCUCAGAGAACAUUACAGCAAAGGACCCAACGUCUGAUGACAUGGAAGUGGGGGAGAGGUUUUGAUGAAGUGAUUUACUGUAUCACAGAUUCACAGAAAUGUGUGAGACUGUUGACUCCUUUGUGACAGAGUGUGUGGAAAAACGGCUGCAGUGGAGGCAGACAUACCCACAUUAUUUGAGUAAAACUGAAACGGGCAGGGCAUUGAUUCAUGAUUAUGGAAUCCAUGAUCAAAGACGGUCAGCAGUAUAGUUUACUGCGAUACCAGGAUAACAUGGCUACUUCAAACUUUAAAGUUUGACUGCAGGUUUAAAUGGUGGUUUCUAAUCCUGACUAUCUAAGUCUGAUGAGCACCAAAAUGGCUGUAAUUGAGAUGUGUUUUUUUGUGUGUGUAACUAUUAAUCAAGAGAUUUGGGAUUACAUGACAAAAUAGCUACCUCCUAAUUUACCUGAGUCACUCUUAUGUGAGUGUGAAUUAUGAGUGGUCACCAUGCAUGAGGCCAAUAGACUUUGGGCUUUUCCAACAUAAGAACUUUUGCCUUAUGUGCCAAUAGACAAAUCUCAGAUCUCCAUUUCACAACCAAGCAAAAUUGUUGUGGGCUGAUUCAUAAUAAAUAAUUGAAAAUCACUAAUUAUUCCAGAUUAUGACAAAAUUUUGCUUAAACUGCAAAUAACUACAUUUUAUAAAUGGAAGUGGACAAGGAUGAUCUAUCAUACUGUGCUUAAAAGCUGUGGUUCCUUCGGCUUCACCAUUUGAGAUUCAUACCAACCAAUGAGGUUAAAUCUACCGUCACUCUUCAGAGAAAAUCGUCGUAUCUGCCAAAUAUGUGAAAAAUUACAAUACAUUCCUUAGUGAUGAAUUAGGAUGUGUCAUAACGAAGGAAAGGGAAUGCCAUGCUCACACCUUCCAUCUUUCGUCUUGUGGAAAUGUCAAACGUUUAAGUUGGUCAGGAUUAAGAACUUUAAAAAGUUCAUGAAUAAAUGACAAAAAACUUGCAGAUGAAAUCACUCCAACCACAACGUUAUUUGUUAGCAGAGCAUUAUUUCACUGUCAGCCUACUCUUAGUGCAUUGUACACGUGAUCCCCUCUGGGGAUGCACUAAUCCAUCACUGUGGCAGACAGGGUUGUAAGAAUCCAUUCACUGUGUAUUUUUACCCAUCAUCUUUGUUCUUUUGUUUAUCAAUAUGACAUAGACUUAUUUUGCAUUGCAUUUGAGUGUACAUGGGAUACCAGCACGUUUUUAAAAAUGGCCUUUAUUUACCUCAACUGCAGAUUUAUGCAGGCUUAUAUUAUUGACAGACAUUUAUUUCUGUUUUCCCCCUCUUUUUACUCAUAUCCUCUCACGUUUGAGAAAGAAGUCUCACUAUUUCCAUAUUAGCCCCACUUUGAUCUAUUGCCUCAUACACUUUAACUUUGAAACAUCUAUAUUUUAAUAAAUAUAAUUUAAUUAUGAAUAAUAA